UCUGGAAGCUGAUCUCAUCCGUCUGCUGCUGGACCGAACAUUUCUUCAAACAUUUAGUGUUUCUGUCUCUCUGCUCGGAGCCUGAAGCCGUCUCAACAUUAGAGUCAACAACUUCAGACACAAACUCUUGGAGCCACGUCAAACCACCUCACACACAAGUAUCUUCUGCUCCUGAGGAUCAUUGGAAGGAAAGAGGAAGUGCCUUGCUCAAAGGCACCUCGACAGCAGCUGCUGACAAAGAGGAAAGCGGCUUCGUCAAGAUUUUCUCGGGCAAACUGCGAUCUUAAAUCAGGUGAAGCCUGUACCUGCAGCGUGACUGCGAAGACAUACAAGACAUUUAAAAGAAGUCUGUGCUGAGCUGUAACCGGUCAUGGCAGACUGGAGCCUGCUGGGAAACUUCCUGGAGGAAGUACAGGAGCACUCUACCUCAGUUGGCAAGGUGUGGCUGACCGUCCUGUUUAUCUUCCGUAUCCUGGUGCUCGGGACUGCUGCUGAGUCGUCGUGGGGAGACGAACAGGAAGAUUUCAACUGCGACACCGAACAGCCGGGCUGCGAGAACGUUUGUUAUGACCGAGCUUUCCCUAUAGCUCAUAUACGAUACUGGGUGCUCCAGAUCGUGUUUGUGUCCACUCCCAGUCUGAUCUACAUGGGCCACGCCAUGCACACUGUUCGCACAGAGGAGAAGAGGAGGAGCAGAGAGGAGGAGGAGGAGGGAGAGGGGGGAGGGAGAGAAGAGGACACAGGGGGAGGUGGAGGAGGAGGAGGAAGAGGAGAGAAACAGGGGAGGAAAGAAGAGGAGGACAGAGGUCAGUCAGCGGGACGAGUCCGUCUGAGGGGAGCGCUGCUGCAGACCUACAUCCUGAGUAUACUCAUACGCAGCAUCAUGGAGGUGGUGUUUCUGGUACUCCAGUACUUCAUGUAUGGAGUCUUCCUCCAUCCUCUGUAUGUCUGUCAGGCCUUGCCGUGUCCACAUAUGGUGAACUGUUACGUCUCCAGGCCGACAGAGAAAAACGUCUUCAUAGUGUUCAUGAUGACGGUGUCGGCCGUCUCUCUGGCUCUCAGCGUGCUCGAGCUGCACCACCUGGCCUGGAGACACUGCUGCCGGCGCUACUACUUGACACGAAGGAAGGCCGCCGCUCAAGCUAAAGCCUCGCUGUCCCAGCAGCACUCUCUGACACCUCCACCGCCCCCGACCCCACCUCCAGACUUCAGCCAGUGUGUGAUUGGCUCCUCGCACUUCCUGCCCCUCCCUUUCCCAAACCACCGACUGGCUAACCAACAAAACUCCGAGAACAUGGCAACUGAGAAGCACAAAAUGGCCGCCGCAGAGGAGGUAACCCUCCUCCAGAUGAGCUGCUACUCGCCCGGAUGGCAGAAGACUAGUAACGAUCAGAUCCAAGAUGGCGGAUACCUGAGGACCGACACUAACUCCUACAGCCCUGGGAGCAGGGAGAUCAGCUGCCCGCAGGUCCAGAGUGGCGGCCCAGGCGGGCUGUUGCUUUGCCCGAACGGAGGGCUCUGCCAGAAGGACAAACGAAGGUUCAGCAGAAUCAGCGGGACGAGCAGCCGAACGAGAGCAGACGACCUCUCGGUUUAGAAAGAAAGCAGGAAAUUCAACUUCUCACACACCUGCGGAACAAACUGAGACAUAUUUUCCCCCUUUAUGCAGGAAACUAAUAAACAAAGUUUCUGACCUGAGACAGCUGGAGGAGUCGGUGCCCACACAUGUAACAAACACCAGUGAGAGUCCACUCUGCGACUUGAUAAGGACUCUCCCCAAACACGUGCGUUUAUGCUAAAGCGGACUGUUUAAUGCGCUUCAACAGAUGCAUAAUGUCUCACACUUGUCCAGGCAGCGACUGUUUGUGAGCAAGUGUUUUAAAAAGGAAGGUUUUAGCAAAAACAGCACGUGUUUGGGAAGUGGUGAGCAUACGAUCAGAUAAAUGACUCGGAUUAUUCUGCACGAGUUGUGUGAGAUCUUGUAAACGGAGAUUUUGAUGUUUUGGCCCCAAUUUACCUCAAUUCAUCCCUGUUUCAGAUUUUUCUUCCAGCGUGGAGGCACGAGAGAAAAGCAAAGUUUUUUUCCACAAAUUCACGGCAACACGUGGUGAGGUAUUGAUAUGCAAAUGGUCAUUUUGGCGGUGAAAUAUUCCCUUUAGCAUCAUCUAAAUGCGGACGAUCCUUAAGAGCUUAAAACCGCAAGCUGAUACAAGUCUGAGAUAGAGAUGGAAACUGCUCUGAUCACACUGCACUCGGGUCAUUUGUUCUCUCUGAUAGUAAACCUGUUGGUUACAUUUUGAAAAGAUGAUUUUUCUGCAGUUGCAGGAACAGAUUCCUGCAGAAACCUUUAUACUAAAUCAGCAGCUGUUAUCUCUGGUGAUGGAAGCUGUGAAGGAAAGUCACUCUGGACUGGAAGUUUCUGCAACUUAAAGCAAAUGUUCUCUCCACAGGACGCUUCAUGACAAAUGUUCCUUCUGAAGGUUGACAAACCUUUAAAUCAGACGGCUAUUUUAGUGCUCAAAUUCAGAAUUUGCCCAUGAAAAAGCCACCUGAUUAAAGGCUUUUUAACUUCUUGUCAGAAGCAAGGUGAAGUUGCUUUGGACCUUUCUUCUCUUUUGAACUUUUGUGACCCCUAAGAGCAUCUUCAUUACACUCGUUUAAACUUCUGAGCAUACUGGACCUUUUCUUGUUUGAAAGCUGAUAGGAGAACUAGUUGUGUCUCUGCAGCUUGUACCAGAGACUGCACAGCGCUGUUUCAUAGUGGUCUAACCGAUGUUGUUGUUUAGGGGCUGUUCUCUACACCGGACUGACUAACAGCCCUUCAAUGAACCCAGGAAACUAACAACCGAGCCUCACAUCAGUGAAACACUGGAGGCCGUUGGGAACGUUUUGACCCCUCGAGCAGCCAAAGUUUUACCUGGUGACUGAGCCUAACGUCAUUCUCAGUAAAGGAACAGGAACUUAGUAUUUCUGUUCGACUGUUAUUAGUUUGUCAGAGUAUCCAAGAGCCGCACGUGUUUCACUGGAUGCAGAUGUUGGUUGAAGCGCUUCCUCUGUGGAUAUAAAUAUGAAGCACACAAUGCUAACUGCAUCAUUAUACUCACACUUUUUAAAAGGUUCAUAUUUGAAUGGUGUUUUUAGGAUGAGUUGCACUGUGUGGGGGUCACAGCUGAACUCAAACACUCUUUACAAUCUCAAACGUGGGUUGUUGUUUUUUAUUUGCAAAUUGUACUGUAAAGAUUGACACUUUUUUUCAAAUAUUGAUGUGAUUACUAAUAUCAAUGAUGUAGUUUUAUAUUUAUUAUUCUCUUCAAUAAUGUGAAUGGUGUAUGUUUAUAAAACUUUGCAGAUAAAACUUUGAAAGAACAGUUUUAAGUCUAUUCUGUCUCUAAAAUGCUUAUAAUAGUAAAAAAUACAGUUUUGUCUAUAAGAUGGAAAUGAUAAGAGGAAUAUCAUGUUCUUUUUAAUUUAUGCAGCAAUUAACUGUGACUCUGGAGGUCAACUGGAGGUCAACUGGAGGUCGUCUGGAAACCUGCUGCUAAUUAGUAUUUAACCUAACAUGACUCAGUUGUGCAGCUGCGGAUAAAUUACUGCUGUCAUUGCUUGAAUAGUUCUUACUCUUAGACUUAUUAAUCACUGAUUGAGCAGUUUAACAUUAAUGAUGUCUCUGUUGUAAUCAAGUGUCCCAGUAAACCUCCACAGUGUGUAACCCUAACCCUAACCCUAACCCUAACCCUAACCCUGAAACUGAAGCAGCUAAACGGAAACCUGUGCUUUUUCUGCUGUAAAAUGUGAAAAUGUUUUCCAUGAAAAAAUGUCAGAUUUCACACGACUGCUGUCAAAAAGAUCUGUUAACAACUAAAUUGUUUUAUUAUUAA